AUGGAUUUUCCCUUUCAUAGAAGCCAAUGGGCAAAACCCUCUGCCAGCAAUUUCUACGAACCCACCAUAGCCAGAGGGAUCCCAGUCCGCCCUGAGGAGGUGAAAACGGCAACCAGGAUGACCCCUAAGGUGGUUCAGAUACCAGUCCACUUUGUCAGGUCAGAAUCCGCCCCGGACCGCUUCAAGCCAGCAUCAAUAAUUCAGAAGAUCUUCAGGGGGUUUCUGACGAGAAAAAAUGUGAGGAAGAUUAUGGCAAUUAAGAAAGAAGUGGAUGAGAUUGAAGCCAGGAUUUGGUGGAGCGACGAGGUGGCGUUCAGGAAGAAGGAUGGAAAGGAGAGGCUGAAGGUGAACGAGAUGUUAAUGGCGCUACUUUUCGUGUUGGAUUCAGUUCUCUCCGUGGAUUCCGGGGUCAGGAAUCUUAGGAAGGCCGUGAUUAGGAAGGUUUUUGCCCUGCAAGAAAGAGUGGAUGCCGUUGCUGCUACUGCUGCAUCAGCUGAUAUCGAUCGAAUUCAACCUGAACCCGAUACCUUAGCUGAGGAGGAGAAGGAUCAUCAAGCACGAGAUCAGGUCCUCGUGAUUCAACAUGUAGCUGCUGCAGGUGCAAAUUCUAGCAAUUCUGAGGGUCGACCUCCUGAGAUUCAAGAUUUAGCUGAUGGUGCUGUAGGAAAUUCGGUUCAAAAAGUUCAUUUUUCUGUGGUUCAAGUUCCUCAAAGUUCUGAUGUUGUUGAUUUUGAGAACAAUGGAUCUGCUCAAGGCGUUGACAGAGGAGAUGACGAUAGAGCUGAUUCAGAGAUGAAGGCCAAGGACUGUGUCGAGGAUGCGGAGGAGUUUGGAAUUGAUCCGAAAAUGAAGGUGGACGGGGAGGCCUGUCUUGACGAAGUCACGCUUCUUGACAUUUUGUUGAAAACAAGGCUAGCUCAGAGGCGCGAGUUGUCGAAUCACUGA